AUGCACAAGCAGAUCAAAGAUCAAUGCAGGAGCCAUCUUCGGUGGGUUUUCACCAAGGCCGUUAAUACCGCCACGGGAAAAUUUGCGAAGAACUACAGAGUGAAUGGCGAGGCGAUUUCUGAGUCUCCCGAGCUUUUGCCAAAUGGCCCAACAGAUACUCCAUUUCAACUUCUGAAGCUACACGCCUAUUGGAACUUCCUGAAUGAACACAACAAAAAAGACAAUCUGCUUGAUGAUCUAUUGGGCGAAGGAGAACAAAACUUAGCCAUGAGAUGGAUUCAGUCCCUUGACGAGGAAGAUAAGCGUGAUUCCUUUGCCUGGCCCCAUGGGCACCGAAGUGGUAUUGAUUACUUUCGGCUGGACGAUCAUGUUUGGAUUUGGAAUGCUAUCAACGGAGUUUCAAAGAUGCUCAACUGGACCCAAGGGAAUGUAACAGCGAACAAAGCCACACGUGGGCCUCCCAGAAGGAUUAACUGGAAGAACGAAUGGGAUCGUCUCCGUUAUACCUAUGAGCCAAUGAGAGUAAGAAAGGAGAUCACUCAGAGAUUCACCAUAAAGAACGAUGCCACCACACAGCGGAUGUUGGCGGUCACAAGAUCCUCCCGAGAGACAAGAUUUGAGCUCCAUUCUCGUGAUACAGCCUUGUUUUACGAGAUCACCGGCGAGACAAUGCUGGAUAAAAAUGACGCCCGAUGGAUUCGCUGUCUGAGAAUUCAGCGACAAUUUCCCUGGAUUCUGGACAGGAAAGAGACUAACAGCCCAUUGUACCGCGGACUGAGUAUUUUGAUGGCUCGGCGAGAUCCUAGGUCGACAAAUGAGAAGUACAAAGAUAAGCUCAAUAGCCUCAAAGAGACUCUUGGGGGCAGUAUAACUUCCAAUGGUCUCAUUCCCGAGCGACUGAACACUGCUGGUACAGAUGAAAGCCAAAAGCCCCGCCGUGACUCGCUGCUACACGUCCCCUUUGAGACUCUGUAUUUACUUUCGGAUUUGAGUCUUGACUCGAUGUCUUAUAUGAGCUUCAAUCCAGCAGAUGAAGCAGGUGAUAAUCUCAGGUGA